AUGGAUUACAAUAAUACCAACAUUUCUAAAAUUAUUAAUCCAUCAAUACCAUAAGUUAAUAACUUUUAAGAUGAAGAUUAAAUUUAUGAUUUAUAUAAUAACAAAACUUAAUUACUAUAAAAAAAUAUUAGCCCUUAUGGACAAACCUAAAUAGAAGAAUAAGAAUAAAAUUUUGAAAAUCUAAAUGACUACUUGGAAAUAAGUUUCGAAAACUAUAAAUCUUUUAGCGAGUUCUAAAAUGAAGAGGAAGAGGAAGAAGUAAAAGAGUUAGAAAAUUAAGAAUAAGAACAGUUUUCUAUUUGUAGUGAUGAAGAUCUUUUUGAAAUCUCUAUUAAUACACAUAAAAUUGAUGAUAAUACUUAACAUUAAUUAGAUUAUUACUUUAUCUACAGAUAAAGAACAGUUUUAAUAUAAAAAAAAUAUGAACAAAAUAUUUAAUAAUAAUAAUAAUAACAAUAAUAAGAAAAUGCAAUAGUAAACUAUUUCUAAAUAUAACUUUAAUAAUUUAUAAAUGAAGGCCUUGAAGAAAAUAGUACAUCUAAUUAAUAAAGUAAAAAAAUAAAUCUAAUUUAAGAUAAAUAAUUAACUACAUUUAAUUAAAUAAAUAAAUAUACAAAAAGUUCUGAAAGAUAGUUCUAAUACCAACCUUAAAAAAAAGUAAACAUGUCAUUGUAAAAUGCAGGACAUCGUUCAAAAAAAUUUGCAAAAAAAAUAAAUACACUUAAUAAACUAUAACAUAAGAAGAUUAAACCAUAAUUUAAAAUAGUAAACACAAAAACUCAGUAAACGAUAAAAUAAACUGAAAAUAUAUCAUAUCCCAAUCAAAAUGACUAAUUUCAAUAAACAAAUAAUAAUAAUAAUAUUAGACAGUAAGAAAGCAAUAAUUCCUUAGAUCUUAGUUGA